CUCCCAGCACGGCCGCGGCGCACGUGUGGGCGGAGACUGACAGCGGUCAUGAGCAGUAACCCGCAAGGUACAUAUUCUGUCCUCCUUUCCCUUCUGCACUUCGAGCCCAAAAUCGCCUGCUACUGUCGCGGUGUGAAACGCAAUUCGUGUGCUUGAGCAACCAUGGGCGGGACACCACUUUCACUCGAGUAUGGCCCGCGCGUCGAUGAUCAAUCCGUCUCUCAUUUGCAGCUCUUUCAAGAGACAGUUAGCGCAAGGCCUCAUGCAACGGCACUGAUCGCGAAGCAUCAAACGCCCACCACAUUCCGCUGGGUUGGCAGCCAGAACACCGACAAGAACUACAUUCAAUGGACCUUCGCCGACCUUGACCGCGGAGCCAGGCGAUUGGCGACAACAUUGAACAGCAUCACCCCGAUUGAACGAAGACCCAUUGCGGCGCUCAUCAACAAUCAAGCAGAAUGGGCCCUAUUCUAUUGGGCUUGCGCCUACCUGCAUUCUCCCUUCGUGCCUAUCAACCCGAAAACGGCAACACGAACGGAUGAGAUCAAUCACAUGCUCGAGCUGGUGGCGCCUGUGGUGAUAGUCACUGCUGACCUCAUCAUUGCGAAUCAGCUUGAGCACAAUCUCACCGAGAAGUUGAUGUCCUCCAUCGGCACACGCAUCACUUUGUCCAAUCCUGUCGGCGCAACUCAGCGAGAAUGGCGUUUGCUCUCAGACGUGAUGUCGGGAGAGCUGACGCCCCCACACACUCCAGAUGUCAUCGGAGCAAAUGACACGAUCGUCAUUCUCUUCACCAGCGGCACGACUUCUCUGCCGAAACCUUGCGCAUUGACCAGUUUCCAAUGCCUCAAUGCAGCCUUGGGCUACAUGGAUGCUCAGAAGGUUGAGAGUGGCCAUCGUUUUGUGCAACACCUUCCAGGAUUCCACUCGUAUGGCAUUGGCUGGUCUCUUGGGUUCUGGCUUCGCGGAGCCAUGGUCAUUUAUCCCUCUGAUUCUUUCGAAGCACAAGCCACACUCGAGUGUUUCGACCAAUUCCAAGCAACGCACAUGGGUCUGGUACCAACGACUGCCCAGGCGAUUCUCUCACAUCCUGCUUUCUCUCAGACCGAUCUCAGUACGUUGGUUAGCAUCGAUAUCAGUGGAGCUGGCGUGCUGCCAAGCCUAAUUGAGGCCUGUGCGUCGACACUUAAAGUCCCGUCAAGUACAAGCUAUGGUAUGACUGAAUCUCCUGGAACGAUGGCCUGGUCGGUCGAUGAAGGCUCAGUGCUGCGAAACAACGAGGUGAUGUCUGGACGACCUGUGCGGGCGACCUGUGUCAAGGUCUGUGAACCAGGCACUCGGGACAUUCUUCCUCGAGGUCAAUACGGAGAGUUACACAACGGCGGCCCUCAGGUCAUUCCGCACUACAUGGACCCGCGUGUCUCAAAGAAGGACUUCUAUGUGGAUGAGGAAGGAACCAGAUGGAUCAUCACUGGCGAUCAAGCUAUCAUGGAUGAAGAUGGCGCUGUUCGAAUCACUGGCCGGUACAAGGAUAUGAUUAUCCGCGGCGGCGAGAACAUUUCCCCAGCUAGCAUCGAAGACUACCUCAGCAAAAAGCCAGGCGUAUUCCAAGUCCAAGUUGUCGGCGCUCCCGACGACAUGGCUGGCGAGGUUCCCAUUGCGGUACUCAUCGAACCCGAGGGUGAGAAAGCCAACUUGGCAGAGCUGAAGAAUGACACGCAACGUGAUCUCGGUGCAGCUUUUGCGCCGAAGCUUGUUCUGCGCUUGAGUGAUAUUGGCUUGAGCGCUUGGCCGACCACGGCAUCAGGCAAGAUCAGAAAAGUGGAACUCGCCAAGGUAGUCCGCGAUUAUCUCAAGGCAGAGGCAGAAAAGGGCGUCGACAAGUCUGGCUCGACUGUCGACCAGUUGAUCAACAUCUGGAAAAUGAUCAGCGGCACUGAUGGGUUGAUGCCAUCGACGCUCAUUGAUGCUUUCGCGGACUCAUUGAUGAUGAUGCAGCUGUCCAGCCUUGUCAAGAAGGAACUCGGCCGGGAUAUCACUGUCGAAGACUUCAAGAACUGUGAGUCCAUUCAGGAUCAAGCCAAUCUGAUCGACACGCGGCCACUGAAGAGUGCCGUGGCCGUGCAGCCCAAGCGCGAGGGGCCGCCAUCAAUACACGAUAUGCCACAUUGCCGGGAAGACGAGGAUGUCUUCUGGGGAACCGUCUACGCAGCCGAAUGUGUCCUUGCGCCUCAUGGCAUGAGGUGGGCUGAUGUAGAAGACGUGAUACCACUUCCUGAUUGGGAUGCCAUUUUCCUCAACCGGGCUCGGCCAUGCUCAUGGAACUUGCGAUUCAGCUACUUUGCCCCGGUUGACGCGAUCACGCUGGAACGCGCAAUCAAGACCUCUCUUGAAGUCCAUCCAACUAUGCGAUCGAUGGGUUUUCCAUUGGGAGAAGACAUGCUGUUGGCCACUGUUCGACCUACCGAAGAGUGGCUGAAAGCAUCAAUGACUACUGGCUGGGAAGUCGAUACCAAGGAUGAUUUGAACAAACUCUUGCUGGAUCAUCCAGUCCAUGACAACGCCAGUGCGCCAGGUCCACUAGUCAAGUUCCACAUUGCGAAGAUACGAAGCGAUGGCACUUCCGGUCUAGUGAUGGUCGUCUCGCAUGCUGUCAAUGACAUGAGCAUGACCAAGCUCUGGUUGGAGGAUGUGGUCACUCUGCUUACCAACGAAGGCGAGAUCGUCCCCCAUGCACAGUUCAAAGACUACGCAACUGCUUUUUUCGACCAUCGCGACGGCGCAGAGGCCGACAGUGGGAUCAAGUACUGGUCGGAGAAGCAUCAAGGCAUCUCAACGACUCCUGAAUCAUCUCUAUGGCCUCCCCAGCGUGCACCCGAGUGGUUCAAGGGCAGUGACUUGGGCUGGACUCGAUGGAACGGGACAAAAGCGCGCAAAGGAGAGCGUUCUGUCAGUCAAGCGGACAAAGUGCGAGCGCAACAGGGUGUCCGCCGAAUGGUCAAGGUCGAAGACAUUACUCGUCUGAAGGCAGAGCACAACGUCCCCGUGUUCAUGCUCGUCAAGGCUGCGAUCGCCGUGAUGAAUGUGGCGAAGACACAAGGUAAAGAAGCCAUCUUUGGCACAAUCAACGCGGCCCGCACCUGGCCUUUCAGCUCCGACUACAGCGCGCUUGAGCGAGAGGCAUACACUGGGAAUCCUCUUGACGUUUCCGGUUGCACCACUGAGUACGUCCUCGACCGUAUCCCAGUCGGACGCUCCAAGUCUGUUUUGUCCUUCAUGCAACAAGUCACCAAGGAUGAGGAACGAAACAGCGCAUACGCCCACACUCCCUUCUUCCGCAUUGUGGACCGUCUACGAGACCAUCUUUCCGAAGAUGAUACUCGAACAUUCGCCGAGCGCGAACGCGACGCCGAAUCAUUACUACCUUUGAUUCGCCGCCAAAGUUUCAACUGGCUGCCUACUGCUCCCACUGCGCAGAAUCCAAAAGGACUGCAGUUUCAGCAGAUGUUGACACGCAUGGACAACGGUCUCACGAUUACUGGUUUCCUGCUUGACGACAAGCGCAGCGUGGCACUGAGCUUCAGCUGGGAUGCCGAGCAUUUGAGCUUGCGUGAAGCCGAAACAGCACUUGAUGAGCUUGUCGCUUUGGUUGGUAAGAUGGGCAGAGAGGAGAACUGGACGAAGACGAUUGAGCAACUUAUCAGAUUGUAAUUGAUGACGGAUCAGCCUUUUCAACAGGGCUUUGUACGGGUACGGGCUAAUGGUGAGGCGUUUCGGAGCGCCGUUCAUGAGACGAUGAUUGUGGAGGAAUCCAGCUUCUUCUAGCGACGUAGGUGUCUUUUGAUUUGUGACGACGACAGACAAAGGUGGCAGUCCUGCAUAGAUGACUUAAUCUUUGGCUCGAGAAGUAGAUGAUGUGUUCUGGUUCUUUUUAAUCGGUUUACGUCGAUUCCACGAUGAUUUUGUUUGGCAC